AUGCAGAGGCCUCCACCGGAAGAUUUUCUGUUGAAAGAGACCAAACCCCAUCUCGGUGGUGGUAAGGUUUCUGGAGACAAGCUUACUAGUACCUAUGACCUUGUUGAGCAAAUGCAGUAUCUUUAUGUGAGGGUUGUGAAGGCUAAGGAGUUGCCUUCUAAGGAUGUUACUGGAAGUUGUGACCCUUAUGUUGAAGUUAAGCUUGGUAACUAUAAAGGGACUACUAGGCAUUUUGAGAAAAAGACUAAUCCUGAGUGGAGUCAGGUUUUUGCGUUUUCAAAAGACCGGAUUCAGGCUUCUGUUCUUGAGGUUACCGUGAAAGAUAAGGAUGUUGUGAAGGAUGAUUUUAUUGGGCGGGUUUGGUUUGACCUUAAUGAGGUUCCGAAGAGGGUUCCGCCGGAUAGUCCUCUCGCGCCGCAGUGGUAUAGGUUGGAGGAUAGGAAGGGGGAUAAGGCGAAAGGGGAACUGAUGCUGGCUGUUUGGAUGGGUACACAGGCUGAUGAAGCUUUUCCUGAGGCGUGGCAUUCGGAUGCAGCAACUGUUAGUGGGACGGAUGCUCUUGCAAACAUUAGGUCAAAGGUUUAUCUAUCUCCUAAGCUUUGGUAUUUGAGGGUAAAUGUGAUAGAGGCACAGGAUUUGCAGCCGUCAGACAAGGGAAGGUUUCCGGAGGUUUACGUGAAGGCUAUUUUGGGAAAUCAGACCUUGAGGACUAGAAUAUCUCAGAGCAGGAGUAUCAAUCCAAUGUGGAACGAGGAUUUGAUGUUUGUGGCUGCCGAACCAUUUGAGGAGCCUCUGAUUUUGAGUGUGGAAGAUAGGGUUGCGCCAAACAAAGAGGAACUGUUAGGGAAGUGUGUUAUUCCUUUACAGAUGAUGGACCGGAGACUCGAUCACAAACCUGUGAACACAAGAUGGUUCAAUAUUGAAAAGCAUGUUGUUAUUAUGGAAGGGGAUAAGAAAAAGGAAAUCAAGUUUUCGAGCAGGAUUCAUAUGAGGGUCUGUUUAGAAGGUGGUUAUCAUGUUCUGGAUGAAUCUACUCACUACAGUAGUGAUCUUCGGCCAACUGCGAAACAGCUGUGGAAGUCCAAUAUUGGAGUUCUUGAAGUCGGGAUAUUGAAUGCUUCAGGUUUGAUGCCGAUGAAAUCAAGUAAUGGUAGGGGGACAACAGAUGCUUAUUGUGUAGCCAAGUAUGGACAGAAGUGGGUGCGGACGAGAACCAUCAUCGACAGCUUUGCACCAAGGUGGAACGAGCAGUAUACUUGGGAGGUUUUCGAUCCAUGCACUGUCAUUACAAUAGGUGUAUUUGAUAACUGUCAUUUGCAUGGUGGUGGUGAUAAACCUGGAGGACAGAGAGAUUCAAAAAUCGGGAAGGUAAGAAUCCGUCUUUCCACACUUGAGACUGACCGAGUUUACACACAUUCCUAUCCUCUUCUAGUUCUUCAUCCAACUGGGGUGAAGAAAAUGGGGGAAAUUCAAUUGGCUGUAAGGUUCACUUGCUCAUCUUUGCUUAACAUGAUGCAUAUGUAUUCGAAUCCUUUGUUGCCUAAGAUGCAUUACAUUCAUCCAUUAACUGUAAGCCAACUCGAUAGUCUAAGGCAUCAAGCCACUCAGAUUGUUUCCAUGAGACUUAGUCGCGCAGAGCCGCCCUUGAGAAAGGAGGUAGUGGAAUAUAUGCUGGAUGUAGGUUCCCACAUGUGGAGUAUGCGACGAAGCAAAGCUAACUUUUUCCGAAUCAUGGGAGUUUUAAGUGGGUUAAUUGCUGUUGGAAAAUGGUUUGACCAAAUCUGCAACUGGAAAAACCCAAUCACAACAGUUCUGAUUCACAUCUUGUUUAUAAUACUUGUCAUGUACCCUGAACUUAUCUUACCAACGAUUUUCCUUUACCUCUUUUUGAUUGGAGUUUGGUACUAUAGAUGGAGACCAAGGCACCCUCCUCACAUGGACACACGUCUCUCGCACGCAGAUUCUGCACACCCUGACGAGCUAGACGAAGAGUUCGACACAUUCCCGACCACAAGACCUUCCGACAUCGUGAGGAUGCGAUACGACCGUCUUAGAAGUAUCGCGGGUAGAAUACAGACUGUUGUCGGUGAUUUGGCGACUCAAGGUGAAAGACUUCAGUCUUUGCUUAGCUGGAGAGAUCCAAGAGCUACUGCACUGUUUGUACUAUUCUGUUUGAUUACUGCUAUUGUUCUUUAUGUAACUCCAUUUCAAGUUGUGGCUCUUCUCAGUGGAAUUUAUGUGUUGAGACAUCCAAGGUUUAGGCACAAGCUUCCAUCAGUGCCACUCAAUUUCUUCAGAAGGUUGCCUGCAAGAACUGAUUGCAUGCUUUGA